AUGGCAAACUCCUUUAGCACAGCAUGGCGCUCCUUUUGGCAUGCUAUGACUUCCAACGACCGCCAUGCUUCCCACGACUCUCCUUACCGAACCGGUGGACAUAUGCCCGUUGGUCAAAGUCGACAUGCUCCCUUGACUUCGGUUGCCACCAGUGCCGUCGAAUCCCAUCAAGACCUUACCGCAGCAUUCAACGACGACUCCAAACGACCCUCGAUUUCAUCCUCCCAGCUCGGCCAGUCCCCAGCGAGACCUUACUCGCCCGGCAUGCGCUCGGUAUCUUCGCCCAAACGUCCCCAUAUUGAAGAUACUGUGGCCCCUGGCGAGAUCCAAAUGCAAAAUUUUGCGGAUGGCGCUCCCCCUCCACCACCCGUCUCUCACUCCUGGAAAAAGAUUGACCGCUGGGCUGAGAGGAAUUAUCCUGAAUUGUGGGACCAACUUGGUGAAGGGUGCACCCUCAACGACAUCAACGAGUUAGAACAUGAACUGGACAUGUCGCUGCCCCAGGAUGUGCGCGAUUCUCUAGCCAUCCAUGAUGGACAAGAGCGCGGCGGUAGACCCACCGGCAUCAUUUUUGGUUGCAUGUUACUGGAUUGCGAAGAAAUCGUUCAUGAAUGGAAAAACUGGAAAAUUGUCAACGAAGAAUACCUGAGCAGCGCGAGAAGACACGCCUACAACUCCAAAGGGCUCAGCAACGGCGCUUCGUCUUCAAGUCAACCCCAGAACAGCAAUCGCUUUUGGAGACAAGAGCUUUUAGAUCGUCAAGAGUCACAACCACCAAAGGCCAUUCAGAAAGCCUAUGCACAUCCAGGCUGGAUUUCUCUUGCUAGGGAUUGGGGUGGCAACAACAUUGCGGUCGACCUUGCUCCAGGUCCCAUGGGCAAAUGGGGCCAGGUCAUUCUAUUUGGGCGGGACUACGAUUGCAAAUAUGUCAUUGCGCGAUCGUGGGCUCAUUUCUUGGCCAUUGUGGCAGAUGAUAUCAGUACCGAAAAGGUCUUCGUUGACGAGGAAACUGGAGAGUUGAAGUUGAAAGAGUUCAAGACUGACACGGUCGAGCCGCCAUACAUGGAUAUCCUCCGUUGGAGAGCCGAUCAAAAAUAUGGACGACGAGGACCGAGACGGAAACCUCAGCCCGCUGGACUCAAUACCGGCGUUGCGGCUCAAAAUGGUCGUCAUUCACCCUAUGGCAGCCCCGUCAUUGGAAUUGAGGAUAGAGGUCGUUCACCGCAGAGAUUCUCCAGAGGGCCUUCCGGGAGCCCGCGACAUGCAGUGGGCAGUCCUCUUGCUCGAGUUCAGGAAGAGAUUGCUCAACCACAAGCUAUCAGCCCUGGCGGAGAUGCAGUGAGAGAUUUUGCCGAACCGCCUGAAAACUCAGGUGAAGACAAGAAGCGAGAUGAGCUUCUAGAUGGCCCAGCGCCAAUGGAGACCAAAGUUGUUAAUGCGCUCAACAAGAAACAGGACAAACUGGUCGAUGCCCCAACGCCAAUUUCAUUGAAAAGUGGAGAUUCCAGAGACUUUCCGGCAACUCGGUUAGUGAGAACAUCAACGGAGAGCGAGAAUAAAGAAGACUCAACACCCACUCAACCCAAAACCGAGGUGAAAGGAUUAGGGGUGAACGGAAUCGAGGAUGAAAUGAAGAACGUGUCGAUUUAA